AAGGUGCCAAGGUACCGGUAUUGCGGCCUCAUGAAUAAACAUGAGUAUAUGACGUCACGAACUCGCCACGCCUACCCUACCUCUUACCACAUAGCGGGUGUAUACCGCUACCGCUCGCGCCAAUUACGAAUGUGUACGUCGUUGUUUCCCCUCGAACGAUCCGCUCAUCAGCUAGCUAGCUAGCUCAGCACAGCUCGACUGUAUCGCCGCGGACGAGGUAGAGUACCGGUAGGCUCUCCUAGCUACUCCCUCCUCCACCAUGGAGACGGAUAACUUCCCACCGUAUGUUUUGACGAAAGAAGAAGGAGUGUCCAUAAAGAAAAGAUUUGAAAUAAAGUCAGGGAUAACCUACGUCCGUUCAAGUGACUAUUCGCCCCCUGAAUCCAAAGAGCAUGGAGUGACUUACCAUUUUGUAGACAAGCGAAAGGUAGUCUGCGACAAUGAACACCCCUUUUCCAUCAUCCACACUGAUGUAUAUGAAUGUAUGUAUGGAAGGGAACGUCAUGCUGCAAGGAAGGAGAGAAUUGUAGCAGACAAGGAGAAACGCUUGCAAGAAGAUCAUCCAUUGCCGGUAAAGCGAGCAUUUAAGAGAUGCCAGGCAUCUCGAAAGAAAGGCUGUCCUGCAAAGCUUAUCCUGAAGGAGGUGGUUAUGUAUACUGACUACAAGCUUGAUGACGCCAUGUCUGCUUGGAAACAGAGGCUCAUCGGCAGGGAGCUAAGGGCAGCCCUGGACUCGAAAGCCAACCUCAACAAAGAAGUUAGGGUUUAUGUGAAAUACCCUAUGGAUGAAGAUCAUCACUCUGUACAUGCAGUAGGACAGCUAACAGGACUACUGAGACCCAUAUCAAAAGAGAUCUCUGGGAAGAUCAGUCAGCUGGUUGGGAUUGGAGUUUGCCGAGUUCAAGAAAUGCGAAGGCAUCUCCGCCAUUUCCUUGAGCAGGAGCUAUUCCCUAAUCCUUCCAGCCGGCCUCCCCAGACUGAUGCAAGUUACUUUCCUAGUGAUCAUGGCAUUGCACAACAGAUAUGUUAUGCCAAGAUGCAAAUGAGACAUUCAAAGAUUGAUCAACAGAACCUGGAUCUCCAAGUCAAAGAGUGGGAACGCCAAAAUCCUAAUGACAGGUUCAGCCUGCGCUUGCCAUCAGAGCCUAAAACAGAAAGGAGUUUUGAGGUGGAGGAUGAUGAGAUCCUUCCUUCCUCCCUGCCCGAUGACUUCUUCUUUUGCUACCAAACAGAAUUCCAAAGACAUCUGCUCUCAAGGUAUGGCAACGAUAUGUGCUUCCUAGAUGCAACAUAUAAGACAUCAAAGUACGCCCUACCGUUGUUUUUUCUGGCUGUCAAAACAAAUGUGGGAUACAGCGUUGCCGGUCUCUUCAUUGUACAGACGGAAACAAAAGAGGCAAUACAACAUGGAUUGGCAACACUGAAGGGAUGGAUGGAAGAGGCCAAUCUGGCAUGGAUGCCUUCUACAUUCAUGACAGAUUUCUGUGAGAGGGAGAUAUCUGCAAUUGAGGAGAUAUUCCCAGCCACAAAACUGUUCCUAUGUGAUUUCCACCGAGAACAAUCUUGGACAAGGUGGAUGAAGAAAGUGGAAAACGGAGUAGGUUUGUCAAGGGAGGCUGUCCUGACUUUGAUGAGAAACUGUGCCAGAGCCAAAAAUGAGGAAGAACUAGCAAUGGCUGUUGCCAAGCUGAAGACAUGUCAUCUAUGGUUGAGCAACCAAAAGUUCCAGCGAUGGAUGAGCAAGACAUGGCUGCCCCAAGUGAAGCGUUGGUCAUGGGCAUACAGGAUCGAGGAAGGGUUCAAGGCCCAUACUAACAAUGGCUUAGAAAGACAAAAUCGUGUCUUAAAACAGAACUAUCUGCGCGAUAAAGCUGAUACUUCACUCUCUGGCUUAGCAUCUUCUCUAAUCAAUGACUACCUGCCCAAUCGAAUGAGACAGUACGUCACAGCCAAUGUAAAGUUCGAUGCUGCAUAUGGACGUAGCUACGAUCCAAACAUCCCGGAUUUCCUGUGUGGCAGACCCCGAACAUUUGUCCGCCAUUGCAUAGACCGUAUGUCAUCAGCAGAACUGCUGUCAGCUAACCACAUACAUAAGUUGGAUGGCAACACCUUCCUAGUCAAGAGUGAAAGCUUCUCGGGAUCCAGAGCCUACAAGGCUUGCUUUGGUGACCAGGCAUGUUUGGCGACUUGUGAAUGCCCUGACUGGCGACACCUGCAGUAUCCAUGCAAGCACAUGUUUGCAGUAAUGGCAAAUGUGGAUGGAUACUGUUGGGAUAGCCUGCCAGUGAAAUUCAGGGAGUCGCCAUUCAUCAGCCUGGAUAAAGAGGUUGGCAAGUUCGUCACCAACUCUGAAGCUGACAUGGAAACCAUGGAUGACGCACAAGCCUUGGAGGAAGAGCCAGCAGACCACUGGAUCCCUCUACCCACUAGGAAGAGUGCCCUAAGACAGGUUGGCAUUGCUUGCAGGGAGAAGCUGAACCUAAUCAGGGAUGCCACCUACCUGUGUGGGGAUGAGGAGGUGCUGAUGGGUCUGCUGAGGGAGCUUGAGGCAACCCUUGGCUUCAUGAGGAGCAAACUACCAACUGAAGAUGGGUUGCCUCUGUAUUCAGACCUUCCUCAUCGGAAACGGAAAAGUCAAAAGCUCACAGCCUCAACAUCAAGAUGUACUUCAGAGGGAAAGAAGACGCCAGAAGAAAAAGGAAAGAAGAAACAGAAGACUUGUGGAGCAAGUCAGAAAAGGAUGAAUGACGAAGAAGGAGAAGAGAAGCAAACAGACAUGAAGAAGAAAGAAGAAAAUGAUGCAAAUCAUGCCUCAACAUCAAGAUCUACUUCAGAGGGAAAGAAGACGACAGAAGAAAAAGGAAAGAAGAAACAGAAGACUUGUGGAGCAAGUCAGAAAAGGAUGAAUGACGAAGAAGGAGAAGAGAAGCAAACAGACAUGAAGAAGAAAGAAGAAAAUGAUGCAAAUCAUGCCUCAACAUCAAGAUCUACUUCAGAGGGAAAGAAGACGACAGAAGAAAAAGGAAAGAAGAAACAGAAGACUUGUGGAGCAAGUCAGAAAAGGAUGAAUGACGAAAAAGGAGAAGAGAAGCAAACAGACAUGAAGAAGAAAGAAGAAAAUGAUGCAAAUCAUGCCUCAACAUCAAGAUGUACUUCAGAGGGAAAGAAGACGACAGAAGAAAAAGGAAAGAAGAAACAGAAGACUUGUGGAGCAAGUCAGAAAAGGAUGAAUGACGAAGAAGGAGAAGAGAAGCAAACAGACAUGAAGAAGAACGAAGAAAAUGAUGCAAAUCAUGCCUCAACAUCAAGAUCUACUUCAGAGGGAAAGAAGACGACAGAAGAAAAAGGAAAGAAGAAACAGAAGACUUGUGGAGCAAGUCAGAAAAGGAUGAAUGACGAAGAAGGAGAAGAGAAGCAAACAGACAUGAAGAAGAAAGAAGAAAAUGAUGCAAAUCAUGCCUCAACAUCAAGAUCUACUUCAGAGGGAAAGAAGACGACAGUGGGAAAAGGACAGAAGAAACAGAAGACUCUCUCUCACUUUCUCACUAAGAAUAGGAUGACUGCUGGAGAAGAGAAGCAAACAGACAUGAAGAAGAAAGAAGAAAAUGAUGCAAAUCAUGCCUCAACAUCAAGAUCUACUUCAGAGGGAAAGAAGACGACAGAAGAAAAAGGAAAGAAGAAACAGAAGACUUGUGGAGCAAGUCAGAAAAGGAUGAAUGACGGAGAACGAGAAGAAAAGAAAACAGACAGGACAGAAGCAAUAAAUGGACGAAGCAAUAACCAAGCAUCAGCAAGUCUCCCCGAACUGAAGAAAGAGAUAAAAGAAAAAUGCCUCUCUUCCUUCAGUGCUGACCAGCGUUGGACCGUUUGUGGGGAGACGCUGGAGUUGAGAGACUUGCAGUCUUUGCAAGCUCCAGCUUGGAUUAAUGACAAGGUCAUUAAUUCAUUUCUAUCCCUCCUGAAGAAGGAGACGAAUGAGAGUGAGACUUCUACCAACAGAAUCUUUGUGAUACCAUCAUAUGCUCCAGUACACUGGGAGAGGGGCAUGUUCGACACGUGGCGCUUCAGAUCUGUCAACAUGGAAAAGUAUGAGUGGAUUCUACUACCAGUUAAUGUUCAUAGGAACCAUUGGCUAUUGUUAGCAGCUAAUGUGAGGGAGGGCAAAGUCUCUAUUCUGGACUCGUUGCCUAACAAGAAGACUGCAAAUGUCUGUUUCCAGAGAUUCAAAGAGUACAUGGAAAGGAGGGCGCAAUUCACUGGUGACCUCAGUAACAUGAAGUGGACACUUGGGAUUAUCCAGUCAGCCAGGCAGAGAGAUGGACACUCAUGUGGUGCAUUUGUUAUGAUGAAUGCUCUAGCUGUAGUUAAGGGCGUGGAUCCCACCAAACUUGGGAAUAAGGCAGCAGCAAUGAGAGUAUAUGUGCAGCACCAGCUACUGGAAAACUCUAUUUCCCCUAAACAACCCCUACGUAUUUGUGAUAUGCUGACCUGUGCCUUAUCUCAUGUGCGGCAGCAAAAAGAUGAGCCAUGGGUGAGGUGCGAUGUGUGCGGUAGAUGGCUACAUUUGAAGUGUGUAGCUCUUGAAAAGCCACCACCAGCUGAAGAUGAUUAUGUCUGCCCUGUUUGCUUGGCACAAUACCAUUAGGGGUAUCACAUCAAACUCACCUUACCAAUCUAUAUCUUGCAAGUCAGCAAUGCCUCUCCUAGUCUCCAAGUUUCUACAUGGACCUAGAACUUACUACAUGUAUUACGUGAAAUUUUGAAGGGGGUGUAGCAUGAGAAGACUACAUGUCUUUCCCGUGGCCUGACUAGGGGCCAAUCGGGUAUAAUACUACGAUGGAUGACGCGACCGCAGUAUUCAUGUGCUUGCAACAUUCAUGAAAGAGAAGUGUGAAGAGAACUUUGUGGUCUGUUUCGCAAACGCUAGCGCGCUGACCAUUGAUCAAGUCCAUUUGUUUAUGUGCAGUUGUAUAAAAGAAGUUGUAGAUGGUAUUGACCAGUUUUUGCCAUGCAACACCCCCUGUAUACAUUUUGGUGCUGCUUGUUAUGCCUCCGUUACGAAGUAGCCGGAGGCAUUAUGUUUUCGGGUUGUCCGUCCGUCCGUACG